CCGACAACCCAAACCAGCCAAUCUUGCGUAGUUAGCGCUCUAUAGUAUUGUUGCUUUCAAACAGCAAACGGUCGUUCGACUCGACGCACCGGUUUCGUCGGUGUCCGGUUAGAUGGAAAAAUCGCCGAUCUCUCGUUCCGCACUCGCGAUGACGCAUAGCACGAGUGACUGCGACUAGUGCGAGUUUCCAAAAGCGGAUCAGUUUGCUCCGAACUGGCUGAAGUGGAUAGACGCCUCAUCAACGAGUGUACAUCUGACCAAUUUGCAAUAUUUUCCAGAGCGAGAAAACAACCGGCUGCGAGAAGCGGGACACGGAGCUAUUUUAAAACAAUCGAAGGAUCUCUUAUGUCAGAUUCGGCGCGAAUUUAGAGCCGAUGCGUGUGUGCGAUCGGACUAGGUAUAUACCUUGAAAUACGUCUCUUCACGUUAAUCCGUCUUUGUCGUUAUUAUGGGGAUAAUACUGUCCAGAUUUCAGAAAAAGAAAACAACUAUUGAAAUUUUGGAAGACCUUGAUGCACAAAUCAAGGAAAUCCAACAGUAUGGACAAACUACAGAACAAAGGCAUAAAAAGAUAGUGGGCAACAUCAUUAUUUAUGGAAUAGCACUUUAUAUUAUAAUAGCAUUUAUUUUCUACUUUUAUUUUUUCCCAGCAUCGUUAUACGAUCAAAUUUUUUACAUAACACCUUUACUUCUAUUCCCAAUUUUGAUAUUUUUAACAAAAAAAGUAAUUUCAUGCUAUUAUAAUAGAAAAAUUGCAAACAAUCGAGAAAAAUUGUCUACAAUUGUAGCAGAAAAAAAAAAGAUAAUAAAUGAAGUUACCGAGACAGAAACCUAUAAAAAGGCUAAAGAAAUAUUGUCAAAGUUUGCACCAGAUGAGUUAAACAUGUCACCUUUAACUCCAAAAUUACAGCUAGCUCAAAAAAUACCAUUACCAAUACCAGUACCAGCUGAUACACCACGGAGAACUACACCACAGGCUGUAAUAUCUCCUUUACCUGGUACUGGAGAGUUAAGAAGAAGAAUUGUACCUCAGAAUCAGCUGCAAAAUGUACAAAGGCCUAUUCCUGGUGUAAUGUCAUCUCAUGUUAAUCCGAAUCAAUCUAUUAAUACUUUCCAAUCGAGAACAAUUAAUCCCGCAGCCGUAGGUUUCCGAUCACCUUUACCACGACCAGUGUUGCCACAACAGAGAAGUGUGGUUGAUCGUUUGGUCGAUUACAUAGUGGGUGAUGGUCCUUCAAAUCGCUAUGCUUUAAUUUGUCGACAAUGUGACUCACAUAACGGAAUGGCGUUGAAAGAAGAAUUUGAAUAUUUUGGAUACAGAUGUUGUUAUUGUGGUUUCUUGAAUCCUGCAAGAAAACAGAAACCUUUUGCUCCAAAAUUAGAAUUUGAUGUUACUAGUUGUACUUCGAAUACAUCAGUAGCUGAAGCUGAUGCAGAAGAAGUAACGCCUAAAGUCGAGUUAGAACCAUCGCAAUCUGAUACAGAUUCUGAUAUUGAAGUAGUUGAAAGGCCAAGUGAGACACCAGAACAAUCGGACAAUCCAGAACCAGAAUCUAAGGAAUUAUCAGAGAAAAAUGAAACCGAAAAGACGGAGACGUGACGUUCUACAUUCGCAGAUUUUUAUAUUUAAACCUGGAGGGUAAAACGGAUAUUUAUAAGAUAGACUUAUUUACUAAGUUUAAAACUGAAGAAAAAGGGUAAGAGUUAAUAAGAGAAAAAAGAAACAUAUAUAAAAGUGAAAUAAAAAAUUACUUAUAUAAAACUUGCAUAAAUUUUUCUUGUUUCUAAUCGGAACAAAAGUUGAGAUCAAAGUUUCUCAAUGUUAAUUGAAAUAACGUUAUUAUAUUGCCAUUUAGUAGCAUUGAAAUUAUCUUUUAACAUAAAAUAUAUGGAUUUUAAAAAUAGCACGAUAUUUAUAUAAUUGUGUUAAUAUAUAAAUAA